AGAAAAGAAGCAGCAGAAGAAAAUCUAGAGACUAUUUUAUUAUCUACAUGGCGUGCGUUCCCUUUUUAUUUUAUUUUUCUUUCUUUUUAAUUAAUUAAGCCCUGUUCUCGUAAACCCAACCAAAUCCCUCCCUUUUAAUAUUUUCCUUUCCCAUUUUGAAUUAGGGUUCCAUUCCUCAUCCAUUUCUUCCUCCGUUCCUCCACACCCCAAAACCCUAUGCCGUUCCCGAUCUCUUUAAACUAGCCGUUGCCUCCGUUUCCCGCCAAUCUCACCUUCAUCCCAGCCGUUCAUUAUUCACCUUUUGAAAACUAGCCGUUAGAUCCACCGCUUCUGGAGCCAUUCCGCUGUAUAUUUUCCUUAUUGAAGUCUUGACCGUCGGCUUUGCCGGAUUUUGACCUGCAAUGUCUGCGGUCGAAGUGGAGAAGAAGGUCGAGGAGGAGGAGAGUAAGAAUGUAGAGAAAUCGGGAGAGCUCUUGUUCUGUGGCGGUACGUCUUGGGAUGUCAUUGGUCGGCGCAAAGGCGCCGUCGAAGGCAACUUGAUUUCUCCCACGCGCCUUCGUCCUCUCGUCGGCAUCGAUAUCCGUUUUGUAGCCUCGGGUUGCUCUUCCUGCCAUUGUGUGGCAUUGGAUGUGGAAGGGCGUUGCUAUACUUGGGGACGCAAUGAGAAGGGGCAGCUGGGUCACGGAGAUUCAAUUCAGCGUGAUAGGCCGACUGUAGUGUCUGAACUUUCAAAGCAUAAAGUUGUUAGAGCUGCAUCAGGGAGGAGUCAUUCUGUAGUGAUUACUGAGGAUGGGUAUUCUUUCGCCUUUGGCUGGAAUAAGCAUGGACAGCUGGGUUCCGGUUCAGCAAAAAAUGAAAUUGAGAAAUCCCCUGUUCGCUGUCAAGUGUCUGAUGUUAAAAAUACAGCUUGUGGGGCUGACUUCACUGUGUGGUUAUCUUGUGUUGAAGGAGCUUCUAUACUAACUGCAGGUCUUCCACAGUAUGGGCAACUUGGGCAUGGUACAGAUAAUGAGUAUAAUACUAAAGACAGCUCAGUGAGGCUUGCGUAUGAAGCCCAGCCACGCCCUAAAGCAAUAACUUCUCUGGCUGGGGAAACCAUUGUGAAAGUUGCAUGCGGAACAAAUCAUACAGUGGCAGUGGAUGCAAAUGGCCAUGUUUAUACGUGGGGCUUUGGUGGUUAUGGAAGGCUUGGACAUAGGGAGCAGAAGGAUGAAUGGGCUCCUCGUCGUGUUGAUGUUUUCCAAAGGCAAAAUCUUCUGCCUCCUGAUGCAGUUAUAUCAGCUGGUUCUGUGAACUCUGCAUGUACUGCAGGUGGAGGGCAGUUGUAUAUGUGGGGUAAAAUUAAGACCACGGGUGAUGACUGGAUGUAUCCUAAACCACUCAUGGAUUUAAGUGGCUGGAAUUUGCGUUGCAUGGAUUCAGGCAAUAUGCACCAUUUUGUUGGUGCUGAUUCCUCCUGCAUAAGUUGGGGUCAUGCUCAGUAUGGAGAACUGGGAUAUGGCCCUAAUGGACAGAAGUCUUCUGCAGUACCCAAAAAAGUGGAAAUUCUUGACGGUAUGCAUGUUAUGAGCGUUGCAUGUGGUAUGGGCCAUUCCAUGGUUAUUGUUGAUAGAACAAAUGUUGGAGACCGACUUGAUCAGCUUGAUGUAUAUGAUGGCAAAGCUUCUGUUGAAGGGAGUGAGGAACCUGUGAGUGGCCCUCCAGUUUCUAAGCAAACUCCUAAAAAGGGUGCUUCUAAGGCAACUCAGAAUUCCAAGAGGAAGAAGUCAAAAGAUUCUUCCGAUUCGGAAGAUGAAGACGACAAUGAUGGCGACAGUGAGGACGAAGACAGUGAUGAAAGUGAUGAACAGGUCAAUGGCAGGACAGAACCUAAAAGGCAACGGGGAGGGAAGGCUUCUGGUAGAGGUCGAGGCAAUGGUGCUAAAAAGGCAGCACCAGCAGAGGGAAAAGGCGCUGGGCGUGGACGGGGCCGCCCUCCUUCCGCAAAUAAAAGCCCAAAGCCCGCACAGGGGAAGACUGGUACGGGUAAGAGAGGAAGGCCUCGCAAGUCAUAAGUUGUAUUCUCGCAGUGGGCCCAGUCAAAACCGGAAAUUUUGUUCUCUCAAUGUAGAGAAGUGUACUUUUAUUGCCAUGUGGCGCGCUCUUUAUUUGGCGCCACUUUCAAUUGUUUAAAUGUUUUUUUUUUAAAUUGUUUGCAUUCACUUCAAAUAUUAUGUGAUUUAACUGAUUGAAAACUCUGGACUGAAACAAACACUCUGCUUUUUUAACAUCCGGCUGAAAUGAAAGAAUGUGAGUGAUGUAUCUUGUACCAAA